AUGACUGACGAAAAGAUCCUAUUUGAAGCUUUAUCAUCAUCAGAUUUCAAAGUAUCUAUACAUGAUAAGAAACGAACAGAUGCUGAAGAAAUAAAAACUGUUAUAGAAAAUAAACAACAACUUGGUGAAGAACCGAAUCUAGAAGCUUCUAAUGAUGAUAAACAAUCACUUUUAUCCAUCGUAAAAAAUAUGUCAACAGAACAACGUAAAAAUAUUAUUGAAUUAUUCAAACAAAAUGGUUUAGAUGAUCCAUUAACAAAAGAAAAACUUGUUCAAAAUGCUUUUACUGUAGAUAAAAUUAUUCGAGACAAUGCUUAA